GGGGUUACCAUCCAUCAAUUAAAACAGAAGAAGAAGACGGUGCUAAAAGUGCUGCUUUCACGUGAUGUCUCAACAAACACAGCCCUCCGCUCCUGAUUCCCCUGCCCUGCUGGUCACAGCGAACGUGCAGAAAUACGCCAUGAAGAAGAAGAAGGUCCUCAGUGCUGAAGAAAGCGAGCUGUUCGAGCUGACUCAGGCUACAGGCGUCACUGUGGACCAGGAGGUCUUUAAGAUCAUAGUGGACCUGCUGAAAAUGAAUGUGGCCCCUCAAGCAGUCUUCCAGACCCUGAAGGCGAUGUGUGCAGGUCAGAGAGUAGCUGAAAGCUGCGGGGAGUCUUCAGCUGCUCUCCAUGCAACAAGCAUGACCACAGCAUCUGCAGAGGUCAAAGUAGCGCGCAGUAAAGCUGGAGCGGGUCAAAGCGAGAAGAGUAGAGACGCUCCCAGCCAGAAGGUGCAGAGGCAGCCCAGCGCCACUAGAGGACAGAAGACUAAGAGCUCCGGCAGCAGCAGCUCGUCUUCACAAAUUAACUCCACAUAAG